AUAGGAUGAAUCAACAUGGCGGACGGUAUGCCUUCGGUGAUUGUCAAUGGUAGUAACGCCUUAUUUCUAGGAAUUUUCAAGAUUUUUUAAAAGCAAAAUGUGUGCAGAAAUGGUGGAUGUUAGUAGAGAUGAAGCCAAGAGGAUCCUCAGGAGGCUUGAGCUAGAGGCAUAUUCAUCCAUUAUCAGUGCUUUCAGGGCACAAGGAGAGUUGAGUCGAGCCAAAAAGAAGAUCUUGCAAGAUCUUGGAACUCAACUGAGUAUAUCCACAGAGCGUCACAGGGCUGAAGUGCGAAGAGCCUACAGUGAUGAUAGACUUGCUAUUGUGGCUGAGAGUAUUUAUGGUGCAGGCAGCUGUGCAGAAUGGGCAGCAGAGGGGAGAAGGCUUGUACCACUCAUGCCACGCCUUGUACCCCAAACAGUGUUCAGUGCCUCAGCAACGGCUGCUGCAAAUUCUGCUGCUGCAGCCAAUGCCAAACUGCCCGUUUCUUCAGGUAAUAAAGGUGGUAGUAGUUCAAGUGCAUCUGUAAACUCAUCAUCUUCACUAACAAGCCAGCAAAACAGCACCAAGACCACAACAGCUAUAAAACAACCUCAGACUGGUGGAACUCCAUCAAAUGAUGCUGAUGCUUAUGAUGAUGAUGAUGGCAAGCCAAAGAGAAAAAGACGUCUGAGUGUGACAAGCCUCAACAAGCCAGUGACAAAAGUGACUAUCCCCACCCCCUCCCUGGUGUCAAAAGCUUUCACCAAACAGACCACAUCAGUGAGCACUAUGACGAAGUCUGGUAAAUCUCUUGGUCCAGCAGGGACAAUUAAAGCUGUUCCACGUGCUACAACUCUUCCUGCAUCAGCAGCACAAGUGAAACUACUCACUAAGACAGUAGCAGUGUCUCAAGCUGUCUCACAAGCCAAGACAAUCCUGAGCUAUAAGGCAGUGACAUCUGUAACAUCAUCACGUGCCAAAGUCCAAACAGCAGUGACACAGUCGUCACCAAAGACUCAAACAAAAUCUGCAUCUGGAGUCCCUUCCAAGACAGUGCUGAGUUCAAAGGCUCCAUUAUCCACUGCUGUGAAGAAUGUCUCAACAGGAGCAUCAAGUCCAGUGGCCACUUCGAGUCCUGCUGGACUGACACUCAAAACUGGUUUAACAGCUGCUCAGCUAGCCGCAAGACACAAAGUAAAACCAGCACCUGCUAGAUUCAAACCUCUUCCAGGAACUGUAAAGUUCAAGUCAGUCACGCCAGCUACCAUGGGAACCUGUUCCACUGUUACUAUGGUAACACCCAGUCCAAUUUCUCAGGCCUCCUCUACCUUACCUGUCUCUAGCACACAGCCAGUUGUCCGUGUUAUUCAUGUUCCAGGAACUGGAGGUGUCGGUGGAAGUAAACCUGUGGUUGUCAUGACAACAGGUCUCAGCAAAACAACUGUUGCUGGUGUGGUUCCUGGGACUAGCAGCCCUGCUAGUCUAACAAAGUCAACUUCUCAGGCAGUGACUCAAAGCACAUCAGUGAACAAAGUGGUAAUCACAACUGUGGGCACAGUCCCAUCCCAAGCUCCAUCAAAAACUCAAGUGUCCAGCACUGUUACUCAGUCAGUUUCGUCAGGGUCCAAAACAGUUGUCAUGACAACCUUAGUAGGUUCAAAGAGAGUGGUUCUAUCUGUGCCAGCCCCUUUACAACCCGGUUCCAAUAUUUCUGUCCCAUCCACUUCCACUCAAGGGCUGGUGAUUACCAAGACACAAGGAAUCCCUCUGGCUUCCUCGUCAUCCUCUCAUUCCCAACCUGCUUCCAAGAAAGAUGCUAAAUCAUCACCAGCAUUAGCCACUGUCUGUCCUAAACCAUCGCCAACACAGAUUGCACCCAGUCUGACAACUGCAACCGUCACCACUCAGGUGAGAUCAAGACCUCUCCCAACUAUUCUUCCUGCUCCUCCUAAACCAUCAACUGUGGCACCAACUGCUGUUUCCAAUUCGGGUAACAUCAGGAAGCUUCCAACUAUCUUGCCAGCUCCAGUUAAGAGUGUACCAGCUGUUAUUCCAACUGUUCUGGUUCCUGUGGCGACUGGUGUAGCUGCUCAUGCUGUAUCACAGCUGCAGUCUUCAGUGCCGUUAGCUGUAAAUACAGCUGUCUCUCAGGGUGUAGCAGCUAUGGUUUUGUCUCCUAACACAGAAGGGGAGCAACCUUCUCCCAGACCACCAGAUAGUCAAGAUUCUGCACUUGAUUCUACAGAUCAGAGUAAUGCUGCCAUUGAAUCACAAGGUUCAGAUGUGGUGGAAAAGUCUGAGUCACAUGUUGCAGUGAGCUCUAAAUUGGCAGUAACAAAUAAACAGAACGUUGUGACUGAAUGUGAUAACAACACUUCGUCUGAGGAUGAUUCUCUUCUUAUGUGUUCUGAAACAAUUGAUAGUGCAGGCUGCAACAUACCUGAGGUACCAUCUGCUGAGGAGUUUUUCAAAAAUAUUGGUGAGAGUACGCCUGUAAAAAAUCCAGCAGAUGAUGGUGCUGAGGAUAUGCUACAAACUGUGGAAGACUGCAAUGAAGCAGCUGUUGAUCCAGUAUCUUUACAAGAUGUUGAAGUCACUCUUCUGGAUAAAGAUGGACCAAAUGUGCAGAAAGAACCAACUAGUGACAUAGAAACGACCGGAAAUUACCCGUCAUUUGCUAAGAAAUCAAUGGAAAAUGUUACUGUUCAGAGACUGGAUGAUUCUAGGGGAAUAUCUGAAUUAGUAGAAGAUUGUUUACCUGAGGAUAUAUAUUCAGGGUCUUCACAAGUAGAUAAUGAGGACAAGGAUACUUUUAAAUUCGACUUGGAGUCAGCUGUUCAGACGUCAUUUCAAGGUGUUCAGGAAGAUGAUCAGAAUGUGAUUGGGACAUCUGUGGAGGAUGGGACAUCUGUGGAGGAUGGGACAUCUGUGGAGGAUGGGACAUCUGUGGAGGAUGGGACAUCUGUGGAAGAUGGGCCUCCUGUGGAAAGUGCCCUUCAAAUAAUUGAAAGCUUUGUGGAAAGCAUGGAAGGAAAUUCAUUUGAAAAAUACAAAGAAGUAAAACAUGCAACAACUAAUGAUCAUCAGCUUGAUGAGUCAUCAGGAUUUUUAAGAGAAUUACCAUCCUCCAGUCAGGAAACCUCCAUUCUUGUUCCAAGUGCAUUUACAAUGGAGGAAAAAACAAAGGAAACAACUGAACCUUCCACUACUUUGUCAUACAUUGGAAAGGUUAUUGAUGAAGGACAAAGCUUAAGUGUUUUGUCCCGACCUGAGGAUGAUAGUUGGGAUGUUUCUGAUACACCCAUUGAUGUUUUGUCAACAUCCACUAGUAGUUCUAACAGUGCAGCUGAAAGUACAAUAGAGCUUACAGAGAAGGAAAUUAAGGCUCUUGAGGCCUUUGGUAGUGUUAGAACCAGUGGAAGAAAGAGAAAGCCUCCUUCAUCCCUUGAUGUGUCACCACCGAGACAAGUUAGUGGUUGGGUCCGUGGUGCUCUCAGCCUCCUGCAGAAAGUUGCCAGUUAUCGUGGCCAAGGAAGACGGAAAGGUGAUUUUGGUGCUGCUUCAUGGUUCCUUAAACCAGUGGACCCAGACGAUGCACCUGGUUACCACAAAGUAAUAAAAACUCCCAUGGAUUUUGGAACCGUAAGAGUAAAACUAGAGUCUGGGAAAUAUCAGGAGUACAGUGAAUUCCAUUCUGAUAUGCUGCUGGUGAAGUCAAACUGUUUGAAAUACAAUCCUCCUGGCCAUCAUGUUCGACAGGACUGCGAGGAGGUGUUCAGGUUUUAUGAAGCAGAGUAUGCAAAAAUGUUGGAGAGAUGGGAAAAGUGUCAUGUAUCUCCAGCUAAAAAACCAAGACAAGCAUCAAAGACUGAAGUACCUGGUAGCAUAUAAAAGAUAAAUUGAUUGCUUUUCUGAAAUCAUCAAAGGUUCUGAUAAAAAACACUUAGAAGUUCCUGAAUUGUUCAUCUUACCAAGUAUAGUGACAAUUUGUUGUAUAUAAAAUGUAAUUUUAAGACAUAUGGUACUUAAUACUUUGUAUAAAAUACUUUUAUGUCUUACUUAAGAUGUACAUUUGUUCAGUUUUCUGGUAAACAUGGUGCACUUUAAGGUUGUGUUAUAUGACUAGUAACUAAUAAAAAAAAAAAAAAUUCAGACAAAGGAAUGCCAAGUGUUGUUCAGUCAGCUAGCAGUUAGUAGUAGUUUUCAUUAUUAUUAUUACUAUUAUUAUGCAGCAGUUUAAAACUUUUGUAUGCUAUAUACAGUAAGAAUAGUAUGAUGGGGCGCAUGGGCGUAGCCCGUUAACUGUAGUGAAAAAAAAAACCCUCGAGAAAUAAAAAAAUAGGUAUUUCGGGUAUCCGAAAUACCUAAAUAUAAUAAUAAUAAUCUGUUAUUAUUAUUAUUAUCAUUAUUGUUAUUAUUAUUAUUAUUAUUAUUAUUAUUAUUAUUAUUAUUAUUGUCAGGUAUGCAAUUAAUAUCAGUGUAUGCUUAAUAUUAGUGAUGCUUCUCCAAUUGUAUAUAGUUUGCAUGUCAGCGAGAUGCAUAGUAACGUGCCUUUUUAAAUGUAUUGCAUUAUUGGUGUGCUCCACAUUUGCCAAUUGUCAUGGCAAGUAAGUCUUUUUGUCCAUGACAAAGUUGUACCAUCUAUGUGGAGUGGCACUGAUGCACACAUGUACCAUAAAAAGAGAGAAAUUGAUAUCUUUUUUAAGGGAGGUUCUUUUUAAAUUUGUCUUUCAGUCUGCAGAGAGAUUUUUGACUGAUUAUUGUUGCUGCAGCAUUUUAUUUUACUGAGUCAAUUGAAGUUCCACUGACAAAGCAGAAGACACUGUCAAUUAAAGUUUUUUCAAGAAAUUGCUCAUACAAAAUACUUGAAACAUGAUCACUUAUUUCAAGUUUACUAUAUUUUUGUACACAGUUAACCCCUACAACUUGAAUUUUUUUUUUGUUCAAAUUUAUCCCAACGAGUUACCUGUUUUAAUAGCAGCAAGUAUUACUGACUCUCAGGAGACAUUAGCUGGGUAACUUCUCCUCACAAUUGCAAUAUAUUACCCCGCAAACACAUGAUGAGAAUAAACAAAUUUAUCAUGGCCUUACAUCUAAUGCUAUCUUGAUGUAACACCACAUCUUCUGGACUUAUUUACCGCGAAAAAUAGAGUGACCAGAAUGAGGGAAUGCUCGUUUAUUAGAAAUUGGUAGUUAACGGGUCAGAUGUUGGAAAUCUUAUUACUACAGAAUUCUGUUUUGCACUCUCCAAACUAGUAAAUACCUUUCAGCAAUGGUGUUUUGUUGAGUACAAUAUUGGAAACUCCCCCAGAAAUGUGUUAGCAUCUUUUUGUUUAACAUAAGAAAAAAAUAAAUGUUAAAUGCUUUUCA